CAGAAUUGAACAAGAGCUGGAAGCUCAUGAGAUAUUAAAGAAAAAGGCUUUUGAAUGAUGCAUGAACUUCCUUGUGAAAGACAGCCUCUUUAAUCAAAUUGGCAUGUGAAUGCCAUUAAUUAAUGGUAUACUCACUUUGAAUCAGAGACCACACCGCUCUCAUUCAAUCAAUUCACAGUUUUAUACCAAUUUGUGUUCAGAAUUCGGCUUCAAAACAAAGAAAAAUGGUAAAAGUAAUAGAAAAAUCAGAUCAUACCGCCAAGUUUUGAUCCUGCAGCGCCUUUCUUCAUGCAUUCAAAAUGAAGGAGUUAUCCUUUUUUCUCUUCAAGAACUCUCUGGCUGCAAAGAUGAGGAAAGGCUUCAGAACUUUCUGCAAUGGUGAUGCUUCGACCUCCACUCUUAACCAACACAAAACCAACCAGGAUCAGUUCCCCAUCUCGCCCGACCUGCACUGCAGACAAACCCCACCAACACUGGAGGAGAUGAUUUUACAGUUGGAACUAGAGGAGGAGACGGCAAGAAGGGCAAAACUCUACAACUAUGACGAGAUGCGUGGCAGGAUGUCGUGUGUAAACAACUCGGAUAUCUUGCGAUCUGCACGGAAUGCUUUGAAUCAGUAUCCACGGUUUUCUCUUGAUGGAAAGGAUGCGAUGUAUCGAUCUUCAUUUAGGAACUUGGAUGCGGCUGAAAAGGCAGGGCGGAAAUCAGUUUGCUGUGAGUAUGGUCUCAAAGGGAGAAUUCAUGAAAAUGAGUUCAAUUUGACACUGGAGACAGCCUUACGGUUGCCAUCAACAAUAGCUGGGGAGAAUGUCGUGUGGCGCAAACCAGGAGUGGUAGCCAAGUUGAUGGGUCUCGAGGCAAUGCCGAUGCCGCUGAAUGCUAGAAGUAGCAAAGCAACAUUAACCUCCAUAUUGAAGAGACAGAGUCUAAGGAAGAGAGCUAAGAGGCAUGAAAAAGAGAGAAGAUUUUCCAUGGACUAUCCUGGUUCUGAUGGCACUAUAACAGGAAGGUUAAGUUCUUGCAGUUCAAACAAUGGAUGCUAUGUUGUGAAGCCAAUUGCAACAGAAUCAGCAGCAUGGAAAGCCAGACAAUGUCUUUAGGCCUUCAUUUCACACAGGUGCAACAUAAUGUCCCAGAAAUCAACAAAGACGAACUCCAUAUUUUAGCUGUUACGUUGAGGUGGGAUCCUGCUCUAGCCAUGAUGCAAGUGAUUCUUGAGGCACUCUAUAAUCUGUCAAAACAAACAAGAGAACAAUGUUUUGUUUAUCUUUAAAUAUAUAAAAAGAACAAACCAAAUUUCUGAUA